CUCACAACCGCCACCGUCUUUCCUAUCAACGGCUCCACGCUCGAGUCGACUGCAAACGUUCUUAUUGCCUAGUGUCAUCAGCAAGUCUUCUCUAGGAGGACAGAAGUAUCGCCCAAGAUGCAACGCACAUCAAUGAUCGCCCGCCGCUCGCUGGCCUCGUCCGCUUCCACCUCAUCUUCGCCAGCCGUCUCGACUGUUGCGAGGAGGAGCUUCGCCACUGUUCAGGACCCACCCAAGAAGACCCAUGGUGGAUUAAAGGACCAGGACAGGAUCUUCCAGAAUGCGUACAUGAGGCAUGAUCAUCUGCUCAAGGGAGCCAUGGCACGAGGAGACUGGCACAAGACCAAGGAGAUCCUGCUCAAGGGUCACGACUGGAUCAUCGCCCAGAUGAAGGCUUCGGGUAUGCGAGGACGUGGUGGUGCUGGUUUCCCCUCUGGUCUCAAGUGGUCGUUCAUGCUCAAGCCCGGAUGGGAGAAGGACCCUCGCCCCCGCUACCUCGUGGUCAAUGCCGAUGAGGGAGAGCCCGGAACCUGCAAGGACCGAGAGAUCAUGCGUGGUGACCCGCACAAGCUCAUUGAGGGCUGUCUCGUUGCCGGUCGAGCCAUGGGAGCCAAUGCUGCGUACAUUUACGUCCGUGGAGAAUUCUACCUCGAGGCUGCCCACCUGCAGGCUGCCAUCAAGGAGGCUUACAAGGCUGGUCUGAUCGGAAAGAACGCCUGUGGAUCCGGCUACGACUUUGACGUCUACGUUCACAAGGGAGCUGGAGCCUACAUCUGUGGAGAGGAGACUGCCCUCAUCGAGUCACUGGAGGGCAAGCAGGGCAAGCCUAGGCUGAAGCCCCCCUUCCCUGCCGACCUGGGAGUCUUUGGAUGCCCCACAACCGUCGCCAACGUCGAGACUGUCGCUGCUGCGCCGACCAUCAUGCGUCGUGGACCCGAGUGGUUCGCCUCGUUCGGAAGGGACAAGAACCAGGGAACCAAGCUCUUUGCCAUUUCCGGUCACGUCAACCACCCCUGUGUCGUCGAGGAGGAGAUGGGUAUCCCGCUCAAGGAGCUCAUUGAGCGCCACUGUGGUGGUGUUCGAGGUGGAUGGGACAACCUGCUGGGUAUCGUGCCAGGUGGAUCAUCCGUCCCCAUCCUGCCUGCCAACAAGUGCGGUGACGUGCUGAUGGACUUUGACUCUCUCAAGGACGCCCAGUCCUCCCUCGGCACAGGAGCCGUCAUUGUCAUGGACAAGUCCACCGACGUCGUCUCUGCCAUUGCCCGAUUCGCCAAAUUCUACAAGCACGAGUCGUGUGGUCAGUGCACACCUUGUCGUGAGGGUACCACUUGGGUGGCAAACAUGAUGGAGCGAUUCUCUCAGGGUAGGGGUAACUUGAGGGAGAUUGACAUGCUGCAGGAGCUCACAAAGGAGAUGGAGGGACACACCAUUUGUGCUCUUGCUGACGCGGCGGCAUGGCCUGUUCAAGGGCUUCUUCGCCACUUCAGGCCGGAGGUCGAAGCUCGUCUCCAGGCGUUUCAAGACAAGAAUGGCCCUGUUCUCUACGGUGGACAGCUGGCAAACGAGUGGCCCGAAGGUCUAGCAAGGCCAAGCAAUCUGGCAGCUCCUCAUCCAGCUGAGAGGCUACCAAACCCGCACGCUAGCGGAAACGUGUAGAGAGGACCUGGCGCUAGCUAGCCUUCCGCUCUCGAGCAUCCCAUUCUGUACUGUUGUCAGCCUUGACUUCUUUUCUUGAAUAUCAUUCAUGUUCCUCUUGAUCUCUUCCUCAUCCUCAUCAGACUUUCUCGAGGGAUUACGAGG